AAGAUGAAAUACCGGCUACCUGGUCCAUCGCAGCGAUAACUGACACCGCUCUCGCGGUUGCCCUGCUACUUGCGGCUACCUGCUACCUGCUACCUGCUACUUAGCGGCCAAGCGGCCAGUGGUGAGCAGAGUGAACAGUUUACUGUCUCUGAGUCCUGGCACUCAGCCACAAUCAGUCUCAAGUUAGCGCUCUCUCCCUCAUCUCUGAACUGCAACAACUCUCAUCUCACCUCCUGCAUCAUGUUGUCUACAGGCUGCUCUCGAAUAAUCCAUUUAUUUGUGGUGCUAUUGGCCAGCUUUGCUACCAUUGAUGCUCAACGAAGGUGGGGCCAAGGAGGGUGGGGUCAGGUGGAUGAUUUCGACUCCAGCAUCACGUUCGACGAUGACUCAGCAGUGGGACCUGACCAGUCGGUGGGAUGGGCAGGUCAGGACCAGGUUGGAGGGGCAGGAGGUGACCAGGUUGGAUGGGCUGGAGGUGACCAGGUGGGUUGGAACAACGUGGACAAUAACCCGUCAUUCGUGGGACCUCCUGGACUGGCCUUUCCACCAGGCGGCAGCAGACCCAACCGUCAGAGUACAACUACUCGAAGAACUACAUCUCGAAUAACUACUCCGUCUCAAAGAACUACUUCUUCUGGAGGAACCACGGGAGCGACAACCACCACUGCUCGCCCCAACCCCCAGCUAACUCAGUGUGUCAACCAGUGCCCCACUUCCAUCGAGUACAACCCUGUCUGUGGAUCCAAUCGCAUGACUUACAACAACCCUGGACGACUUAGAUGUGCGGCUUCCUGUGGAACAGAUGUUCAACUGCUACACUAUGGAGUCUGCAGAGAAGUCGGAGCACCUCAGACCUUUCCACGGAGAGAUCCUUGAACUUGGCCUUGAACUCACAAGGAAGAAGAUCUUAUGACGUCAUCACGUGAAUCACCAGUCACGAAUAGACAAACAUAAUUAUAAUAUUCUUAAAAGUGCUUGAAAAACUGGAUUUGCAUUCUCUGAAUCUCUCUAAAACCACUCGAAAUUCACUGUGAUAGUGGGAGAGAAGAGAUGAUCUAAGCUGAGAAAACUAGUUUUGUUAGUAGAGGAACAAAAUAUCUUUAAGAUUUUCCUUAUCUAGCUCAUCUCAACUAUGAAUCACAAUUCACAAUUAGAAUGUUUCACGAUUGUGAUUUUCGUAUUAAAAAACUUUCUGUAUUGAUGAGAACAGUAGAGUGGCAUUGCAUUGAAUAAUCAAGAAUAUAGACUGAAUAAAAAUUAGUAUAUAAAAUAAAUAAAAUUAUAUCUACAAUAUAGACUCAAAUAUGUAAAGUUUCAAAUAAAUAAAUAAUAAAAUUAAAAUAGGGUAAUAUUAUUCGAGUGCUUACGCAGAUGAGGAAAAAAUCUCAAAAACAAUAUUAUUCAAUGCUAGACUGAUUAGACUAUUGAGAGAUUUCUGGUCAUGAGCUUAUUUUCCAAUUUCGAUUUCAUAGUGAUUACGUUUUUAAAAAGCUCGGUUGAAGCAAAUUUUCAUCAUUUCUCAGCAUUAUGUUUAUAUUUAUGACAUUAUUUAACCAAUUUAGUAAUCGAUUCCAAUUUAAUAAUUAUCUGUAAGUUACGAUGAAGGGGAAAUUUUCAAAAUUAAAGCUUUUCAUCCUAUAAAACGUUCAACUCUAUUAUUCUUGCUAGAUGGAGCAUUAGAUACAACCUUUUUCCUUGUUCAAAUCAUGGAUUUCAAUUUAAUUAUAAGAAAGCAACAGAAGCUAGUUUCUUGGAU